AUGGGAGAGUCUCGGCUGGUGGUGGAUGAGGUUCUGGCUCUGUGCCUUCAGAGGAUCGCCUUGGAGGAAAACGCUAUGAGCACCGAGCUGGAGUUUAUCGAGGUGGUUAAAAAGUUCGAGAGCUUCAGGAAGAAAUGGCUGCAUGCCGAGCUGGAGCUGAAGAAGUACAAGGAGCUGCUGGUGAAGUCCGACGUGGCCAAAGCUGCUCUGGAAGUCAAACUGAAACACGCUCGCAACCAGCUGGACCUGGAGAUGAAGAAGCGCUACCGGGUGGAGGCCGACUAUCACUACCUGCAAAGGCAGAUGCAGCUCAUGUGUGACAUCCUCGUCCACGACAGCAAGUCCAGCGCCUGUCUGAACGACGAGCAGAAAUCUCUUCUCGCCACGUUCGAACACAAAGGAGCGAAUGCGACGCUUCUGCACAGGAGCAACAAACGGUUGUGUGUCAUCGACGAGUCUUCGUUCCUGUCGCACUCGGACAUCAGCUACGAUCGCACAGAUGACGACGUGGACGUGGACACAUCUGUGAUUAAACCGCUGAGGUCUCGAGCCAGAGAGAGAAGGAGAUCGUCGAUGGGUGUGACUGUCGCCGCUGUGGUUGGGAGGCGAGGGAGAAGCGGGAACAUGUUUACAGAGCCGCUGGAGAGGAGAACGGUGGAGAAGGAGGUGGAGACGAUCGUGGAGGCGUCGGUGUCGACUCCGGACGCUCGAGCGAAGAUUCACAUGGUGGUGGGAAUCACACAGGGGAGCCCCGACAACCCGACCCUCUGCAUCACCCAGGAGUGUGCUGUUUCAGACUGUGAUGAAGGAGGAGGAGUAGGAGACGACACAUCGGUGUGGUGUCCGUGUGAUGAGCCUGAACCAGAACCAGAACAGGAACCUGAACCUGAAGCGAGGCUGGAGGAGAGCAUCAUCAUCAGAGCCGAGAAAACUCCCAAACAUGUUUUUGUUUCUAAAACGGUGAUCUGGACCGAGACGUGCUCGCCCUGCGGCAAGAGGAUCCGCUUUGGGAAGAUCGCCAUGAAGUGCAGGAAGUGCCGAGUGAUCGCUCAUCCAGAGUGUAAACAGAAGUGUGUCACCGUCUGCUCGGCCGCCACACCAGGAACUACGGCUCAGACGAACUCGCUGGAAAGUUUCGCUCCGUUGAAGCAUCCCAGAGUUCCUCAGCUGAUCAUCGAGUGUGUGACUGAGAUCGAGAGGAGAGGACUGCAGGAGCGGGGUUUGUACAGAGUUCCUGGAGGUGAGCGGCUCGUGAAGGAUCUCAAGGAUCGCUUCCUUCAGGGGAAAACUCCGCUCAUGCUCAGUAGAGUUCAGGACGUCCACGUGCUCUGCGGACUCCUCAAAGACUUUCUGAGGACGCUGAAGGAGCCGCUGGUCACCUUCAAACUGCACCGCACCUUCAUGGAGGCAGGAGAGAUGUCCGAUGCAGACAGCAGCACUGCAGCCAUGUUUCAGGCUGUAGCAGAGCUGCCGAAAACCAACAAAGACACGCUGGCUUUCCUCAUGCUGCACUUUCACAAGGUCAUGAGGAGUCCUCGGUGUCAGAUGGACCAGAACAAUCUGUCCAGGGUGUUUGGACCGACUCUGGUGGGACACGGGACGUCUGCGCCGCCUCCGGCAACCAUCCUGAGAGACACACUCACUCAGGCGAAGGUUGUUUGCCGAUUGUUGUCUUUCCCUGAAGAGUCGUGGAGACGCAUCCUCGACAUCCGCACCAACCAGACCCCAUCUUCAUCUUCUUCAUCAUCAUCAUCCUCCACCACCAAGACCAGCACCCAGGUCGAAGGGAACGUUCGGCUCUUCCAGCCGCUGACGUCUCCGGAGUUGAACAGCUACUACACGGCUGCCGGCAGACGAUCAGUGAGAGGACCGAUCAGGAACCAGGGAGCCGCUUCAGGAGGCAACACGUAA